CAGAAAGAUGAAGCCUUCACGUCUGACUUUGUCGAAAUCGAGUCCUAACCCAGAGUCUUAUUAGAACUGGCAGAGGAAAACACAGGCUCCGGUGCGCGCCGCCGACGCUGUUGGAGUUGCGCACAAGACUUUUAACGAAACGACAGGUUGCGAAGGCGUGGAUUUAUGCUGAUCUCUGUUGCAAUUUAAACUUUCGUAUUAUUUGCAUGUUUCAGGAUAAAUGAUGCCGGACUGGAAGUGCCUCUUUUCGGACUUUACGCACUUCUCCGCAAACAAUUUAAGGGAUCUGGUUGUAAGGAACAUCCAAACAAACUGAACAUCUGAAAGCGGGAAUUGAACAUUAUAUUUCUCUAUUUUUCAACUUUUUUUUUUUGGAUGAAAUUGAUGAUGUGCCAGAAUACAGUUCUAAACAUGCAUCUGAGCAAGCUUUCCAUCAUUGUUUUUGACAACUCAAGAGUCAUACAGAGCCAUACGCUUAAAAAAUGCUAAAAAAGACUGACGCAAAGGAGUGAUUUGUGAAAUUUCUUUAUAAAAUCACGUCUCUUUCAGCUUGUAUGCACAAAUACCUUGGAUGGGGCAUGGCAGUUUUCCCAGACAAUAUGCAUUUACAUUUUUUACGGAUGCAAGAUGACUUUAUCUGUUUAAACUGAGAUAUUUGAACAUGCAUUCAAAUUUGGAGGGAAAUUCACGGUUUUCCACAAUUCAGAGAAACAUGUUGCACAUCCUGCUGCUACAGUCGGUGGUGUUACUUUCGGGAGUGGCAGACUGUCGAGUCCUGGAAGGUUUACGGAGAUAUUCCUCUUUCCCCACAUACCUUCCUGUCAACUAUCAGCUGCUAAAUGCUGAGUUGGGUUUUUUCCUCAAAGAAGCCAACCAGGACUUCAUGAGGAACUCUAGCCUGACAUCACGGACUGAGGCAUUCUUCAUCUACCAGGCCAGAAACUUACCUUCAGUGAAUGCCAGCUAUGGCCCUCUCUCUGUGGAGCAGCCUGUCCCUUUAGAUCUCCUGCAGAGUCCUGGGACCUUCCCUGCCUCUUCAGUUUUUACCUUUAACUGGAAGGUGCAAACCUUCAUCAUGAACACACAGAUUCAUUUAGCCAAGCCCAGAGUACAUGUGCUGUUUUACAUAGCAGGCAGGGACUGGGACGACUACAGCACCACUGAUAAGCUGCCCUGUGUCCACAUGUUUGCUUUCCAUGAGACCCAGGAGGUACGUGGUGCCUGCCAGCUGAAAGGGGAGCUGGGGCUCUGUGUGGCCAAGCUAGAGCCACUGGCCAGUUGGUUCAGCCCGCCCAGUGUAGUGCCAGGACGGCAGAGAAAUGUUAAUGUGUCCGAGGGCACCCCAGUGGAGCUUUACUAUUUGUUGCGGUCCACAGAAGCAGGAGAAUGCCACUCUGAGGAGUCUAGAAAGGACAGCUUCAUCCGCUCCAAUCAAGAAGGGCUGUUUGGUACCCAUACCUCCACCCCACUGAAGAGGAUUGGUGGUGUGAGGCUCUACAAGAACUCUACAGAGCCCCCUCUAACCGAGCACUGGCUGGAUAAUAACUUUAUGGUCAUGGUUCCAGCCACCCCCAUGAGACAGAGGGAGACGGUGUCUGCCUUUAUCAAUGUAUCUCCCUACUCCACUGUAGAGAUGUUCACUCUCAGGGUAAAAUUGAAAGAAGGAGUGAUGUUCCUCGGAGCACGUACCAGCAACCCCACUCAGUGGAUCGUCAGCCAGGACUUGAGGAAUGAAGGCUAUCGAGUGGUAACCCUCCACUGCCGCAGAAAAGAGUCCACCUACCAUCAGCAAAGAUCUGAGAUGGGAGCUCAGAGGGUGCUCCAGGUUGAUCUGAAAAUGGAAAGCUUCCCAGAGCCGACAGGCAGCCGCUGGAUGGCCUGGAAAGUAGAGUACCCAGCCAGUCGUGCCGCCACACAAGAGGUCGAGACAGAGAUCCGCCUGGCGCAGGAAGAACUGGCAGGCAUUGUGCCUCUGGCCAUGGACACUGAGAUUCUGAACACUGCUGUCCUGACUGGAAAGACAGUAGCCGUUCCAGUAAAGGUAGUGUCCAUUGGAACAGACGCCUCUGUCACUGAUGUGUCUGAAGCGGUGAAAUGUCGCUCAACAGACGAAGACGUUGUGAAGGUGUCUGACAGGUGCGACUAUGUUUUUGUGAAUGGCAAGGAGAUGAAGGGCAAGGUGAAGAUGAUGGUGAAUUUCACUUAUGGAUACCUCAGCAGUCAGCUGGAGCUUUGCGUGUGGAUCCCUCAUCUCCCCCUCCAGAUUGAGGUGUCGGACACAGAACUUAGCCAGAUCAAAGGGUGGAGGGUGCCCAUCACUGCCACGGGUCAAAGGUCCACAUGGGAUAGCGAAGAUGAGGAUGAUGAGGACAGGCGAGGACGGAGCUGCACUCUGCAGUACCAACAUGCUAUGGUCAAAGUCCUGACCCACUUUAUAGCUGAGUCAUCCGAACCACGAGGUCAGACCACCUUCAUGCUGGGCACUGACUGGCAGGUGGACAUCACAGAGCUUGUAGGGGACUUCCUGAAGGUAGAUAACCCACAAGUAGCAAAGCUGCUGGACAAGAGAAUCCUGGUUGGACAAGACGCAGGGAUGACCACUAUCCAGGUUUUGUCCCCACUGUCAGACUCAAUCCUGGCAGAGAAAACAGUCACAGUGGUGGAUGACAAAGUGACCAUCACAGAACUGGGGGUCCAGCUGGUGACGGGACUGUCUAUGGGCCUGCAGUUAAGUCCUGGAAGCAACAGGGCCAUCCUGGCUACUACCAGCACACAGGAAUUUCUGCAGAACCCCAAACAGGAGGCCUUGAUCAGUGCCUGGCUUCAGUUCAGUGACGGCUCUCUGGCUCCGCUGGAUCUCUACAAUCCCGACUUCUUCGUGCUGACAGCUACAUCCCUAGAUGAGGAGGUGGUGACUGUGCAGCAGGACCCCUCGUGGAAAUGGCCUGUCAUCGUGACGGAGGCAGAGGGUAAAGGUUUGCUCGUCAGGGUGGAAAUGACUGUUAGCGAAGUCUGCCAAAAGUUCAAGCGCCGCAGCAUCCUGGCAGCAGGGAACUGUAAUGUCAGGGUGAGGUUUGGUCCCAGUGACAGCUCAAGGGGAGGGAGCAAUGACUAUGGCCCAGACGGAGACGACAUGGAGAACAGAGGCAGGCUCUCAUCACAGGAUAGGACCGGUCUUGACACUCACUACUACGGCAGCUCCAUCUCUGACAUAGAGGACGGGAUACUGAGGAGAGCGACCACAACUAGAAGUGCUAUAAUACGCAGACCUAAGCUUUCAGACAAUGGUGGCCAAAACAUCCCAAUUGACUUUGCAGACUUUCCAGCACAAGUAGAUCUGCCUCACGGCCGCAAUACAGACAGUGACAUCUUGCACAGCGGUCGGGGACUCACUGACUUGGAGAUUGGCAUGUAUGCCUUGCUUGGCGUCUUCUGCCUUGCCAUUCUGGUCUUUCUCAUUAAUUGCAUAUCCUACACUCUCAAAUACCGGCACAAGGAGCUCUCCAUCGAGGGCCAGGAGAACUUGAACCACGCCCAUGACUGGGUGUGGCUCGGGAACGAGGCGGAGCUGCUAGAGAGCCAGAUCAGCCUGUCGCCUCAGCAGGAGGAGCAAACCUCCAUGAUAGACUCCAGCAGCGGCCUGGAGGAGGGCAGCCAUCUGCUAAAUGGCGGCUCUGUGCAGAAGAAUGUGCAGGGACAGGUGCACCGGGUGGCAGACACGGCGAAAGAUGGCAAAGGAGACUCCCCCACCACGAAGAGGAAAAGAGUGAAGUUCACCACAUUCACCACUCUUUCUUCAGACAAUAGCCACCCAGUUGUUAACACGCUCUCAGGAUAUCACAGUCAGGACAUUAAGUGGGUGUGUCAGGACGUGCAGCUGGGAGACUCAAAGGAGUUACGUAAUUACAUGGAAAGGUUAAAUGACAGUGCUUUAAAAGAGGUGGCAUAAUGUACAGUGUGCACUUGUUACAAACUCACACUUUUGCCUUCCAGAGGAAAGUGGGUCUGAACAGACCCAUGUCUGGGGAAAGAGGAGGAAGUUUAACCACAGAAUCACCUCAAACUGCCAAAGGGUCUUCAAAUUUAAUAGGACGGCUGUGAAUCCACUAAUUAUAAAAACAAACCGGCGACCAGGUGGAUCCUUUCCUUUUUAGUUUAUCAGAUAAUCUUUUUAUUGUUGUUUUGAUAACACAGGGUUUAGAAUCCAGUAACCCAGGAUGGAUGUGACAUUCAAGGAACAGAUUUUAAAACAAAUACUACCACAGCUAGAUAGACGCUCAGAACAUGUGUGCACAUCAAAUCAUUUUGGAAGUUUCAUAUCGCUUUGGAUAUUCAUUUCAUAAAAAAACAUCCAAAUUAAUGGAAAGGUUCUGAAGCCGAGAUGGGCUUCUGCAUGUUGUUGGUAACAAGAAUAAAAAAGGCACAAAUUUCCAAUUCUUUCUUAUCCUCCUUAGCAAGGCGGAAAACCUGUUAUGUACAUAUGGAACAUUCUACAAAUCAUUGUAUUGUUGCUCUGUAUAUUGUAUUUUCAUAACAAUUAAGGAAUACACAAUAAUGUCAAGA